GCGUCGGGGGCCGUCCACGGAGAGCACAUAUUUAAUUGAGUGCGCAUAAUCGCUCAACUACGCAGGUCCUUUCAGGCGCACAACUUCAUCCCGGAUCUGACAGCUUCGACCUUGGAUGGAGUCGCCACAGCAGGCUGUUCUCAUUUAUCUGCCCGGACCAGCAAGGCGGCGACGUAUGUUGGAACGAUCGCACCAUCAGGUGGCGCUGAACUUCCGAGACGACGUGCGCACCAUCGACCGUUGCGGACCGUCCCUGGAGCGGAGCGUCAAGGCGCGCCUGGUGCUCGACGGCCGCGAUCCGCCCCAGUACCGCACCAGCGUCGAGCUUCGACCCCGGCUCGUGGAGGCCGAGUACGGCGUCACGCUCGUCCUCGACACGCCCGCCAUGGAGCCGACGGCGUACCGCGAGCACGUGAUCGUCCUGCCACGCACGGUGGCCGUGCGCGAGGGAGAGUCUGUUUUCUGCUUCCCGCCGGCGCCGCCCCGCACCGUCUACAAGAGCACGCUGGUGUACGACACCCGCCGCGCCGACCUGUGGUACACGAGCGCCGUCGACCUGGCCGUGGUCGGCACCCUGGGCGUGCCCGUGGAGGACGCUGAGGACGACGACGACGCUGUCGACGACCCUGCUGCCGCUGCUGCAGCAGGCGAAGGCGAUGGAUGCUUCGACAACCUGAACGGCGGAUGCAUCGACACCGACGAUGAAGAUUCCUCUUCGAGGCUGUGAUCUGCCGCGGGUGGGCGUCCUUGAUUAACCUGACGGACGUUCGAAGAAUGGGAACGGAGGGUUUUCGCUGCAUUUUUCAUGCAGCAAAAAUGGCUGUAUGGAAAAGCGUGGAUGCGGUUGGGUAUAGUCGAACUCGGUUAUAACGAACUGGCUUGUGCGCUUAAAAUUAAUAUGUCAGGUAAUUUGAUAUACCGAAACUCGCCUGUAACGAACUUAAGCUGACAUUUGUGAUGCGUUCGUUAUAUACGGAUUUAUUGUUUUCAACGAAGAAGCCAAGAAGGAAUCCAUUUAUUGAAAACGAAACUAUGCCUAUAGCAGGCAAUAUAUACAUUUUUUGUCUACUCUCUAAAUUGUUACUCAGCGUCACCAAGAAUGGCGUUCUUGACGCACGAAAUUGUGUAGAACUGCUCUAGUCCGCUUCACUCAAUGUCGGCACUGUAUCGGCGAAGCACAAUCGUCGCAAAAGUGCGCCGUGAAGCGUCGGCUGAGGCGGCCCCUUACCUGGCCAACAUUACUAGAACCAAACUAGUUAACGUUGCACCUGGCAGCGAACGUAUAUGCUCCGAAUUCGAUAUAUCCUGUGCCCAAUUUGUUACGAGGGAGUUAAUUUACGCGAGUAUCUGCCAAUAAGAUUGGUUCAUUCAAUACAGAAAAGAACUCGCUCCACCCGGGUUCGUUAUAUUCGGGUUUGACUGUAGGUGACGCGUUGGAAAGAUGGUUGCUCCGAAUGCUGGAAACCUGUUGAUGCGAUUCUUUUUAUACGACCAGAUCGAGACGUGAGCUUUUUUACGCGCAUGCGUGUGUUCGGCGUGAUAUACGAGGUAUAUAUAUAUAUAUAUAUAUAUAUAUAUAUAUAUAUAUAUACACGGCGCGACGUUCGAUGCGACGAGCGCUGAGCCGUAAAAAUGGCUAUCCUGAUAGUUAGAACCUGUUGAAAAAUUGUUAGGUAUGGUUGUUGGUACGAGUAUACUUGGAUGUCGGAUCGCACGUGAAAUCGUGCAUGCCAGGUCAGUGACCUUCCGUAUAUUUUUCUGCUUGACUAUCGGCCUUUUUUGAACAUUAAUCCUCGGCAGCGAGUAUUUUGAGAACUGCUAGUAAGUAGUAGUUUUGUCCUUCUAGGGAACUCACCAAUUAAGUCGCGCUGACUGCAAUCAUUUAUACCUUGCCAGCGCAAUCUUUAAACACCGAACUUUUUUUCUAUGAAAUUUCGCUGAUUUGCAUGUUGACUGUAACAUUGUGCUUUGGUCAGUUCAGCGAGAAAGGUUCCGUGUUCACAUACCAAGAUAGCGCAUCGCCCCAGUGCUUCCCUAAAAACGUUUGGCGUGCUUAGUUCAUCUUUCUGGCCCCUACACCACUGCAGUCUAACAUAAACUAAAUAUGUACUCUAUCUGCUUGAUGUUGCGCAGAUGACGCACGUAACCCACUGUAUAUACACAUAUCAUUUGUUAGAAUUAGAUUUUGGUGUUUUACGCGGCAAAACCACCACAUCAUUUGUUCUAGUCUCAAGUAUAUGUUGGUUACUCGUAACAUAGCUAUGCUCGACGCUUUGAACAGGCAACCAUAGCAUGGAUUGCUGAGAUCGCUUCUUGCAUUCAUAUUGGCAGCUCGCACAAUCGACACCGUUUGCUCCUUGCUGUCUUUUCCCGCGCUUUGUGGAAAGCGCGGGAAAGAAUAUAUGGUGCGAGCACAACGUUCACGCUUGUGGCACGCAUGUUCUACGGUCACCAGAUUUGCAAUACCUUCCUCUUGCUGUAACGCUUUUAGAGGACGGAAACGCAAGAGCACAGGAUAUAAUGGCCGACAUGAUUACGAUCAAAUUUGCACCAUCUCCCUCAUUCCACGGUCGCCAAAAAUAGUACUUGCCAUGAAUCAGGCCAAGGCCUAGAAAAGAUCAAGCGCACUUGAGGUUUCAUUGAAAGAAGUUUGUUAUGAAGAAGAAGAAGAAAACAAAAAGCUGUUAACUUCAGCCUGAAUCAUGAUCCGUUUGCCAGCCAGGCAGCAUUGGGGAAGUUGGAAAAUAUUCAAACGCGCAACUUGAGUACUUUGUUCUCGGAAAUGAUAUAGGGACACGAAGACACGUUUAACUUGUAUCGUGUACUUAUACUGGCCGUGUUCUAUUUGUGUGUGUUUUUUUUUUCGCUUUCCAACAUGUGCCAACUCGCCCGCGCCAACACAAUCUGCUGUAUGCUUGUUCAUUAUUCCAAGAACGGGAACGGUCCCGUGAAUAUAUAUAUCUAUAUAUAUAUUUUUUUUUUCACAGAAACAUCGUAGCGCUAGACAAACACAAAGUACAGAGGUACGGUUCACUGUUAUAUGGAGCCGCUUAUUGGAACGGGACAGGGUGUAACUUAUGCGUUUCUUCAACAUUCCCAAUGAAAAAAAAAGUGGCUGAUGUGAAGUGUUUGACAAUCAUUCCUUGAUAAAUGAUUACUUUGAAGGCGUCUUUUGCAGAACAUUCUGUACCAAGUAGCUGUCUUGUCUUCUGUACUUUGUGUACUAGCAACGAGUACUUUUACGUGAACUUUGAUGAGACAUUCCAUGAUUCGCUUGUUGCUGCUAUGCUGUGGAUUGCUAGCGUGCAGUCAUGGAUUUGUUACGAUAAGUUUCUGUGGCAUAUAGUACACGUUACAUGAUGCACAUAGAAGCAUUUGUUUUCAGAGUGAUUUAUUGUAUCGUUUCAUAGAGCUUUAGCUUCGUUUCAUUUUGUGCAUUUGUACUGCCCCACAGGGUAUACACUCUACAUAGACAUAGGCGGGGUUAUGUUGGGCAUUGCACGUAUUGAAAAUCACUCAUAUGGUCGCGCGAACUUUACAUGUAUGGUACAUUCCACGAAGUGCUUGUUUGAUGAAGGCGUACUUAGUACGUGUACGGUUACCUGCACAUUAGCAUUUUUUAUGAAAGUAUUCUAUUUGUGUCAUGCUGAUGCUGAAGCUUUUGUUGCAAAGUCAUAUCCUAUGCAUUUGUUAAGUUUUUUUUUUUUUUUCAUGCAUGUACUACAACGGGGGUGUACUUGCCCAUCUAGAGGCCUUUGUUGGGCAUUUGCAAAUGGUCAAAGGGACCAAUAAAGACGCUUUCACCUUUUUU